AUGUAUCGACAAGCUCAUUGCUCAAAAGCUGCCGCAAGCUGCAGCCACCGCGACGAGCGCGACGAGACGUUGACCCACCUCGAGGUCCAGAUCUGCGGCAAGGACUCGCUCAAGGACUCGCUCCGAGCUGCGUCGAAGGCGAGCACGGAAACGGCGGCAACGCGGCGCACGUGCUUUGUCCUCAAGCGCUUCAACUUGGGCAACGCCGCGUUCGAGACGGUCCAGCUCAACAACCAGUGCUCCGGUCCGGUCGAGCUCGCCAUACGGCCGUACUAG